CCUACACAUUCUUUGUAGAUUAUGCGUGUGUAUUAAUUGUUCACACUGUUAAUGUGCUGGUGAUAUUAUUUUAUUCACAGAUUAAGCAUGGAGCACAGCUAUUUGCCUAAAACACUAUGGGCAAAUGACAACAAGUUUCUCCAUCAUCAUGUUGCAGAUCUGUUAACAAGUGUACACGUUACACAGGAUCUUCCCAAGGGGGUUAUGUUUGGACCCUGCGUUCUCCAAAACACUUUUUAUGAUACUGUAGCAUUCAUUGCUCUGAAGUGUUCCGACAAAGUAAACAAGUCCUAUGUUUUUAGGGUGGACGCUGAAGCAAUACAAAGUUCUCCAAAGGUUCUGUCUUGGCUAAGACUGGUGCAAGCUGCAACCAACAACAAAGAACAAAAUGUAGAAGCAUUCUUAAGAAGCGGCCAGUUAUAUUUUCGGUCUAUACGGAGUAUAAGCAAAGACGAAGAACUGCUGGUGUGGUAUGAUGAGGAACUUUCUCAUCUCUUGGGAUUCAAUGACAUAAAAGGCCAGACACCUGCAGAAGGUUUUAGGUGCAUGAUAUGUGACCAGCCAUUCAAGAAUGAAUAUCCAUAUUUGGCACACACUCGCUUCCUCUGUGUUCAAGGAAAUUAUUUUUUACACAGCGGGGACUUACAGGUCCGUAAAGCAAUGGAAAUAAAGCGCAAAAAACAAGACAUCACCGAUUUCCAUAAUAUUGCCCGGGAUCUGGAACAGAACAAAUGCAAUAGAAAUGAGGACACUUCCAAUUUCUCUGGUAAAAAAAGGAAACCUGAUGAUCUGGAAAGCACAAAAUCAUACAAAAAAAGUGUUUUACUGGAGAAAAGAAACAUUUCUAAUCGCUACGAUGUUGUCCCAGAAUUGACGGCUUCAGUUUUGAAACUCAGUGCUGACAAAUGUCUGUUUAAGAAGGGUGUUGCAGAAGAAAAGCAGAGUGCUUUUACAGAGGUUAGGAAGGUAAAGGAAAAAACGAAAUGUGAAAAGACACAUGAGCCAGUUGAGGAAAGAGAUCCUAAUCAAACUGGACAGGGUCAUUUACUAACAGGCUCAGUUUUACAUUCAAGUGGAAGUGCCUUUUCCUUUGUUUUGCCUAAGGGUGCCAGAGAAGAACAAAAAAGUACCUUCUGCAAACCAAAUAUUAGACGAGUAAAUGACUCUUCCAUGCACCCACCCCACACCUUAAACGGUUCCACAGAACGCCUUGGGGAGUUGUCUGAUUCCAUUACUCGGGAUAAUAUUUUGGGUUAUGGCGGUCCCUUAGGAACCAAAUUAUUAACAAGGGAUUUGGCGAACUCACAGUUGUUGCAGUCAACCAGAAACCACUCCUUUAUGUGUCCUUCGGAACGCUGGACCCGGCAGUUGCAAACCACUUCUUCCUUUACACUGCUUCCAUCUUCCUUUACUUCUUUUGGGGUUGCAGCACAGAACUGGUGUGCUAAAUGCAAUCUGUCUUUCAGGAUGACAUCUGAUUUGGUUUUUCACAUGAGAUCCUAUCAUAAAAAGGAAUUUGCAGCUGAAGCACAGAUAAAGAGGAGGAGGGAAGAAAAACUCACAUGUCCGAUCUGUCAGGAGUUUUUCAGGGAACGUCAUCACUUAUCAAGACACAUGACAUCUCACAAUUAAUUUAACAUGACUGGAUUUCUGAAAGCAAACCUAACUGAUAACAUAUUUCAGACACGCUAUUGAGAACUUGCUUAAAAUUAAAUAAUAAUAAGUAACAUUUUGGAUGUGUAUUACUGCAUUCUAACUGCUCAUAAAAUAACUGCUUCAGGAAUUUUAAUUGCUUGGAAACACAAUAGGACACAAUGUAAAGGUACUGAAAAGCAAACAAAGUAUACAUUUAUCAAAUUGUUUAAUUGGGAUUCACAUGUUCAGUUGAUCAUACAGAUCCUCAUAGCUUUUAUAAAAUUACAUUCACCUCAAAUCAUUUAUCACUUGCUAUUAACCUAUUUAAAAAAGUUUCCCAAAAGAGUUGUAUUAUUUAAUUUAAUCACAAAUUUUAAAUAUCUAUGAAUUAGUCAUCCUAAAAUAAUAUAUGUAUAACUGGUAGAUAAUAGUUUAAAAAGCUGCCCUGUUUUAAAAUAGAUGAACAAGAUUUAUAAUUAAUUUGAA